AUGAAUAUUGCAUCGGGUUGUACGAUGGCACGAGAAACUGAAAAUGGUUAUCAUUACUGUCAAAUUCGUGAUUUAAUUUGUCCAACACAAAAAACACUGCCGGUAGAGGACAUGACAGUAGAAUGUUGUUGUGAGGGUAGCCAUUUGUGUAAUCAUGAUAUGAAUUCAUAUCGUGCCUUCUAUUCAUUACCUAUUUAUAUGAAGAGUCCAUUAUGUGCCCAAUGGUCAUCAUUUCGCUUUGUCUUCCUAUCAAGGGAGAAAAAAUAUUGUGCGGUACAUUAUGAUUUUGUACUUGGAAAAGUUGUCAACUUACAUAUGAAUGCCAACAUGUAUUUACCACGUAAAGAUGAUUAUAAUGCUUAUGAACAACUUGGCUGUCAAUUUAUUGAAGCAAAAAUACGUGUAAACAUACCAAUUCGUUGCAAAGAUGGAAUAUACAAACGAGAAGAUACUUUAAUAGGUAGACUUAUAUAUAUGUGCACUUGUUCCGGAGAAGCUUCACCAACAAGAAUGAGUGAAACAACUUGUGAUGUUAAAUUAGGAGAGGAAAUAGCGCAAAAAGCAAAAGCAGUUAGUGAAAAAUCAAAAUUACCUUCAUGUUAUCAUAUAAAUUUGAUAACGGAAACGGUAAAUUCCGCACCCACUGGCAUAAGCAAAUUUUUAAUGAACAAUAUCACAAAACCAUCAAGUAAUAAUUGA